CACAACAAACGAUUCUUUUUAAGAGAAUCUCUCUCUCUAUUCUCUCCACUUCUCUCUCUGGAUCGAUGGCAGCUUCGGUUGAUCCUUUGGUGGUUGGAAGAGUGAUCGGAGAUGUGUUGGACAUGUUCAUCCCCACCGCCAACAUGUCUGUCUACUUUGGCCCCAAACACAUAACUAACGGCUGUGAGAUCAAACCCUCCGCCGCAGUCAACCCUCCAAAAGUCAGCAUCUCCGGCAACUCCAAUGAGCUUUACACUCUCGUGAUGACUGACCCGGACGCACCUAGCCCGAGCGAGCCGAAUAUGAGAGAAUGGGUCCACUGGAUUGUCGUAGAUAUCCCGGGAGGCACCAACCCCUCGAAAGGAAAGGAGAUACUGCCAUAUAUGGAGCCGAGACCACCGGUGGGGAUUCACCGUUACAUAUUUGUACUUUUCAGGCAGAACUCACCGGUAGGUAUGAUGGUGCAGCAGCCGCCUUCGCGAGCCAACUUCAGCACCCGAAUGUUCGCUGGACAUCUUGAUCUUGGUUUGCCUGUGGCCACAGUUUACUUCAACGCCCAGAAAGAGCCAGCUUCACGCAGACGCUGAUGCAUGUCAACCAAAAUAAAAGAGAGAGCCUUUUCCGGUUUUACCUAAAAACCGGACCGGAAAGAAAUAUGGGGUUUAUAUAUCAAACCAUAUUUUGUAUCAUCCGGUUCUCGACUAUAUAUAUGUGUAGAUGCAUAUACAAUUAUACAAAUAUGUUUAUGUUUGUGUGUUAU